UCUCCCCCCUUGUCCUAUAAAAGCUGACUGCCACAAAUUCAGGAUUCUUCAGACUGUAGUCAUGAAUGUAACAGUUACUCUGCUUCUGCUUCUCGCUGCUUAUGUGGUUGUUGAAGCCCGGAUGCCCAAAGCCGUAUGGCAGUUUGGGAAGAUGAUCACUUGUGCCCAGCCGAGUGCUGAUCCUUUAGCAUACAAUGAUUACGGCUGCUGGUGUGGCUUUGGGGGGACUGGAACUCCAGUUGAUGACGUGGACAAGUGCUGCAAAGUUCAUGAUCAUUGCUACAAAGAAAGCAGAAUAACUCCUGGAUGCACGGCUCUGUCUGACCUUCCCUAUAUUAUUGUUUAUGAUUUCACCUGCUCAAAUAAACAGGUGACCUGCUCUGCUACCAACAAUAAGUGCCAGGCUGCUGUGUGUGAGUGCGAUCGUGUAGCGGCUCACUGCUUUGCUCAGGCCACAUACAACCCUGAAAACAAGCACCUGGAUCCCAAAGUCCACUGUGUCAACUGAGCCAUGGAUCAUGAAAAAUAGAAAAUAAAAAUAUACGGUACUCACAAAUAUUUAGGGAUAUUUGAUUUUUUUUGUAUGUCAGAAUGAACCUAAAAUUCAUUAUGACUUUUAUAAGUGAGAAUGUAAUUUGACCCUCUUGAAACUUUUAAGUGCACAUGUACAAGCUU